CCAAUCGUCGUCGCUGUUACGAGGAGGCGGCAUCGGGUGGAGUAGUGCUGUUUGUGUGUUUAUUGCUAAGGUUGUGUGUAAUCUCACUGCGGUACCCGCUUCCUUUCAUUCUAACAAUAAUAUCUCGUCAAGUUUUAAAAAGCCACGAAAUCAUCAUCUUUUGACCAGAUAUGGCAGCUAUGGUUUUGAACGUCUGAAGGAUUUUAUAAGGAAACAGAACGCAACAAUGAUGGACGGCAAUGUGGAAUAAUGUUGCAAUAAGAGACAUCAAGGAGCAUCCUCAUCCAUCACCUGCCCAGUGUGGCUAUGGCAAACUCGAUGGCCACUUUGGUGGUCCAGGCAGAACCUUUACCCCCUCAGACGGUGACUUCCCUGUCUCCUUUCCCUUCCCUUCUUGGCUCCGGGGAAGACGGAGAUGAAGAUAGGGAAAGAGGACAGCUGGCUGAGGGAGACAAGGGUCUGGUAGCAGGAGGAGAGGAGGUCGUUUUGGACAUGGUGACGUUGUCAGUGUCAAGUUUAGCCCAGCAGACUGAGCACACCGACCACCCGUUCCAGUGUUUGGACUGUGGUAAGAGCUUCAGGUGGUCGUCCAGGCUCAUUCACCAUCAAAGAAGCCACAACAAUGAGAGACCCUAUCGCUGCACCCUCUGCCCCAAGGCAUUCAAGGGUUCAUCAGCAUUGCUCUACCAUCAAAGAUCUCACUCGGGAGAAAAACCAUACAAAUGCCAAGACUGUGGUAAAGCAUUCAAACGCUCCUCUCUGUUGCAGGUUCAUCAGAGUGUCCACACUGGAGUCAGGACCUUUUUGUGCCCCUACUGUCCCCUCACUUUUAAAUGGAGUUCCCACUACCAGUACCACCUCCGCCAGCACACGGGGGAGUGCCCUUACCCUUGUGACACUUGUCCCAAGGCAUUCAAAAACUCCAGUAGUCUAAGGCGACACAAGAAUGUCCACCUCGGUCUGAAGCCGUACACCUGCAAAGUGUGCAACAAAUCCUUCACUCAGUCUACGAACUUGAGGCAGCACAUGAGGAUACACACAGGGGAACGGCCGUAUGUAUGUGGGGAGUGUGGACGCAGCUUCACACACUCAUCCAAUCUGGCCCUGCACAAGAACUCCCACAACAACACCAACACAGGACUAAAGGAGGCGAAGAAGGGAGAUGAGCCAAAGAAAGAGAAAAGUCAUGUAAUGGAAGUAGUGGAGGUUAUAGUGGGACAACAGGAAGUCAAUACGUCCAUGUUGACCGAAAUGGUGGGGUUUGUAAACCAGGACGUUUCGGAGGCCGUAGGCGUGGGCAUGGAAGAAGUAUUCCUAACAACCACCACAUCCAGCCAGAAUUCAAACCUUCUCACGCUGACUUCCCCUGGCGGGGCUUCUUCCAGGGCUAUCGGGACCGAGGUCCACCUGAGCACGGACUCUGGUUCCAGUGUGCUGCUGUACAGCUGUGGCAGCUGCAGCCACACCUUUGCCACACGCAUCGAGCUAGAACAGCACCAGUCAGUCCACAUGGCGCCAGAAGAACCUAGCACUGGUGUGAAAGCAGGUCCUGGAGCCACAGUGGAGAUUGGGGAUGGUCUUGUUGGUGCUGGUCACCUGCUGGCAGAUUUUGAGGAGGUAGUAGAGACUACAACAGUGGCAGAAGGGGGACAUACCGCAGAGGUGCUGCUUGGAUUGACAGAGGCGACAAAUGGAAAUAAUGCAAGUGUGGGCACCUCCCAGGGUCAGUUUGACCUGCUGCAGAACUUCACUAACGUGAGUCAGAGCUCUGACACUGUUCAGCCGGAGGCCAGGACCACAUGGACAGGGCUGUCAUGUGGCUACUGCAGUAAGACCUUCAAGACCAGCGGAGGCCUGAACAGACACGUGUCACUGAUCCACUCUCUCUCAACUCAGUCGUCCCGCUCCCAAUUCAGCUGCUCUGCCUGCGACCGCUCCUUCCCCUUACUCUCCUCACUUCUAACCCACCAGCACUCCCACACCCCGGAACAGCGCCUCCUGGCAGAGGCUGAAGCGGAGAUAGUUUGCCCUCCUUCACUCUCAUUGUCGCUGCCACUUCCCUCCUCUCCGGGUCAGGUUGACAAGCAACCAGAAGAACAGAGGGAGCUCGACGUCAACAUCAUUGUUGUCAGUGAAGGGCGAGAAGAGAAAUCUUCUAAACUGAGUAAACACACUAAAAAGACUGCAGUUCAAAAGAACAUCACAGCUGGAGAGAGACCAUAUCGCUGCUCAGAGUGUGGAAAAGCCUUCAAAGGUUCAUCAGGACUGAAGUACCACAUGAGAGAUCACACCGGGGAAAGACCAUACCGCUGCACAGAGUGUGGAAAGAGUUUCAAAAGGUCUUCACUCCUCUCUAUUCAUCAGAGGGUUCACACUGGUGUGCGGGCAUUCCAGUGCCCUCACUGCUCUCUGACCUUCAAGUGGAGUUCUCACUACCAGUAUCACCUGAGGCAGCACACUGGCGAGCGGCCAUAUGUCUGCAAAGAGUGUGGCAAGUCCUUUAAGAACACCAGCUGCCUGAGAAGACACAGUCAGAUGCACUCAGGUCUGAGGCCUCACAUCUGCACCAUCUGCUCCAAGUCUUUUUCUCAGACUUCAAACCUCAAACAGCAUGAACGGACACACUCUGGCGAGAGACCAUUUCAGUGCACGCACUGCAAUAAAAGUUUCACCCACUCUUCGAACCUCCAGCUCCACCUUCGCACUCACUCAACGCGAAAGGACUUCAAGUGCCCUUACUGUUCCAAAGAGUUCGUCAUGCACUCUUACUUGCAGAGACACAUCCGGACACACGGCGGCGGUCUACCUCUGCCAUGUUCUCGCGGUGGCGAUAAAGAAGGUGUAGCUGUCAAAGCCAGCGUCGGAGGAGUGACCACCACCACGACUCUGCUGAAACCCAUCACCCUGGAAGCCUCAGGAAACAAUGUCAGCUUGAUCGUGUCACAGCCAGCACUUAAUAUCCCUCCCAAUACCUCCCAAAACUAUUUUAUGAUUCAGACAGUCAGUGGCCUGCAACUCAUCCCGCUGUCAACCCCUCCACCAGCCCCACCUCCUCCUCCACCACCACCUCCACCACCACCACCACCACCAUCUCAGCCCCAGAAUUUCUUCCUGGUACAAUGCCCUUCGACCAACGGAAACCAGUCAAGUUUAAUUCUUGUCCCAACUUCGAACAACCCUGCUGCAGCUUCAGAGCCCCUCCCACUUAUCCAAACUCUCCAGCCUGUUGUGAACCAAGCACAGAAUCACGUCCCACAAUUUACACAGCAGCAGCAAGCCAGGAUCAUAAUCACAAACAAUAACAACAAUGCCAACACAUCUGUUGCUAUGCCAACAAACCCCAUUUUAUCUAACUCCCUUUUGACUAAACCUAUAUUAGGAAAGAGUACGCGGACAGGAAGGGGCAGACGAGGACGCAAACCAAAAUCCGCCACUGCUCCUGUGGACAAGAUGGCAAAGAGUCAUGUGACAACUGCCGCUACAACACAAUCCCCAUCAUCCGCUGAGCCAUCAAGCUGUCUGACAACAAUGUCCUGUGCUACAGUUGAUAAUCUUUCCAUAAUGACAGCAGCUUCUGGAUGCAUGACACCUGCUUCCAUGGUUUCAACAACCACAACAACACCCUUACCAUCUCUUGACGUCCCUCAGAGAAGGCAAGAUGAGACGACUGAAGUUGAAAUUAAAACAGAUGAGGCAAUCACUGAAAAUCAGUUCAUGUUAUGUUUCGAUAAUAACAGCCAGGCUAAAGAUGGGGUGAGUGUUGAGAACUGCGGUGACUCGUAUGUAUUGCAGUUUGAUGGAGACGCACAUGAAGGAGGAAUAGCUGGAAGGAUUGGCGGCGAUGGGAAGUCACUUGAGCUUCAGUUUAAGACAGAUUCACCGGUAAAGAGGGAUGAUAAAGAAGGGAUGAUGUCACUUCUGCAGGAGUGGGUCGAGGACAAAACAAGUCAGACACAGACUGAUGAAAGAGAUAGUCAGGGCGAGUCCUAUGUUCUCCAGUUUCACUCUCAAGAUGUUGAUCCCUCCCAAGGCCAUGACAACAGCCUGCAGCUCUCCACACAGGGUUUGGUGCCUCUGGAUGGGCAGGAGGUGAUGUUUGAAGUUGGCACCGGGAGCAAGAGCCCACAGGAGAGUCAGGAGGGGAUGCAGAUGAUUGCAUUGAUUGAAGGGGGGGAGAAUUGUUCCAAUAGCCAGAUAAGUGAAAGCGGAGGCAUGGAAGGAAUAUUUCAACUCCAAGGGGGGGAUGAGAUUGUCAUCAUAGAGGUCAGCACCAGUGACUUGAUUGAGAGGAGAGUCGAAGGGGAGUUGUCAGAGAGUGGUGACAUUAGCUUUGUGAACAGAAGCGAAGAGGCAGAGGAUAAGCUGACAAAAGAUUUAAACUCUACGGACAGUCCAGUGGUGGAGACAUCAGCUGAGGACUCGAGCAUGGAUGGACCCUUAAUUAAGAGCCACAACGCUCACAACUGACUCUUUUAGCAAGUGUGUUUUGGUGAUGGAGGUGUUUUUCUACCCUAAGUUUUGAGCGAUUAAAACUGAAGUCUGAUCUGAUGGGCUGAAAAAUAUCACCAUGUGUGUGAGACUGCUUGUUUCACCACUUGUGUUAGCACUUUAGUCAGAUGAAGGCUUUGUGUAUGUGAGACGAUGCAGUUAGGCCAAUAAUUUGUUGUGAUGCCAUGGUGCCACAGACUAGAAAUGUUAUACAUUUAAGUACAAGGAGCCUGGAAUACUCAUUGAUCUAUUGGUUUAAAUUAUGCUGUCAUUGACAGUCGGUUUGAUAAUGAAAUAUGAAUUGCAAUUGCAUUGUCUACUUUGUUCACACAGUUAAUAUAAAUAAUACCACUAUUAAUAAAUCUGUCAAUUGUU